AUGAAAUUGGCCAGUGCCCAACCUGUGAAUGUCAUCACACAUAACUCUGAACUUGUAAACAAUACCACCAUAGAAACAGGUGAGGAUUUCGAGUCUUGGGGUGGUGAAUUUGAUCUUACACAUUUACCUGAGCAGCAACAACAACAUUUAUCACACCUUCUCAAUCAGUAUAGUAACAUCUUUGCUGCCUCAGUCACUGAGUUAACAGGGUGUGACACCAUCUUACACAACAUCAACUUGCGUGAUAAUAUUCCUGUUAGGCAAAAGCCUUACAAAGUACCUUACCAUCUCAGGGAUGAAUUAGAUAGACAGGUGGCAGAGCUGCUUGAAGCCAACAUCAUUCAAGAAAGUGACAGCCCUUACAGUGCUCCUGUUUUAUUUGUUAAGAAAGCGGAUAACACCUACCGUUUAGUCACUGACUUCCGCAAGUUGAAUGAGAAAACGAUAGAAGACAGUUUCCUUCCUGCACUGGAUGAGUCGUCUCGAGGCAAUUACGGCAUCAUGGAUCAGGUGGCCGCUCUGCAUUGGGUCCAAGAAAACAUUCCAGAAUUCGGGGGCGAUCAUAAGAAUGUCACUGUGUUCGGUCACGGUCACGGGGCAGCGUUUGUCAACAUUCUCAUGCUAUCACCUUUAGCUAGAGGGUUGUUUCAAAGAGCUAUAUUACAAAGUGGUUCAGCUUUAAGUCCCUGGGCUAUCGCACGUGAUGCUUUGGCUUAUACUCGUCAGGUAGCAAGCCACGUAAAAUGCCCGACAAAGGACAGUGCAGCCCUUGUCGCUUGCCUGGGGAAAAGACCAGUUGAGGACAUCUUGAAUGCGCCUUUGCGUGUUCCUGAUCAUUUGACUGCUUUUGGGCCAACAAUUGAUGGCGUGGUUAUUCCGGGUGAACCAUCUGUGCUAAUGGAAAAACAGAACGAUCUGUUUUCCCAAUAUGAUCUCUUACAAGGUGUUAGUAGAAUAGAAUAUUACUUCAAAUUCUCCAGUCAAGAAGUUCGAGUGGGUAUUGAAGUGUCCAGGCGUGAUCGUUUAUUGAGAACCCUCGUCAGGAACUUAUUCACCUACCAUCUUCAAGAGAUCUUCCUAACAGUUGUUAAUGAAUAUACAGAUUGGAGUAAACCAGAUCAGCACCCGAUAAACGUACUGGAUUCAACAGCCGAUGCCAUGGGAGACGCACUUAUUGUAGCACCAAUGAUGCGCACUGCCAGUUACCAUUCCAAAAUACAACAAAAGAGCCAAAAAAGGACUUACCUGUAUGUGUUUAUGUACCAAACAGAGGAGAGUUAUUAUACUCAAAGAAUGGGUUGUAUCCAUGGAGAAGAUCUCCCGUAUGUUUUCGGAGCACCACUAGUAAACAGUUUGUCACAUUUCCACCGGAAUUUCUCUAGACCCGAAGCCUCCAUAUCGGAAGCAGUGAUGACGUAUUGGACGAAUUUCGUCAAGUUUGGAGAUCCCAAUAAUGCUGCGGAAGAAGAUGGAAAAAUUACAAGCGAGCGCGGUCGAGGUCGUUUUGAAAAAAUUGUCUGGCCUCUCUACGACAGCGUUCAUCAAAAGUACAUUGCUAUAGCGAUGAAACCUCGCCUGAAGGAUCAUUACCAUGCUCAUAGGCUCUCCUUCUGGUUGAACCUCAUUCCUACACUCCACCGAUCAGCGGCUGCAGAGACGACAGCGCGGCAUCAUCAAUUAGAAGACCAUGACAAUCCUUUGAGUUAUGAUGGUGUUUACAGACAACGACCGCUGCAAGAUCCAAAUCCGGUUCUCUUCUACACGACUACCCCUUUUAUCACGUCAACUCAACAGCCUGGUGAUCAACUGACUUUCACUCCCGAAUUAUCCAGCUCUACAGAAGACAGCAGUAUUACGGCUGCCACAACUUCCAAUAACACAGAUUCCUUAGCCAUGAUUAUGCAGCAGGGAGCGUAUUCUACCGCACUGAGCGUAACUAUUGCAAUAGGCUGUUCCUUAUUAAUACUCAAUAUACUGAUUUUCGCAGGCGUCUACUACCAGAGGGACAAGCACAGGACAGAAUGCAUGCAGAAAAGAGAAUAUCAGUUGCAUCCGGACGGAAUAAGUUGCAAUUCUACUCCUCAAUCAAAGCAAGCUCAUCUGAUCAGCUCAGUUCCAUCACCAAUAGAUCAUCUUUCUCCUCCUUCGUUUAUGACUCUUACACAGCUCACCGAAGCAGGAACAUUGCCAUCUAAGAUGAUGCCACCCUCAUCGAUAUCACAGGAAGCGCAACAACAUCCGGAAGCUCAACCACUCUUAUCCACUUCUUCGCGAUCAACUCCACCACAUGCACACCACUUGCAUCACCACCAUCCACACUGGCCAGCUACUACAGGCUCCAAUCAUACAAUGGGCAGCCAUCCGCAACAACAGCAGCAGGAGAUGCGAGUGCAUUUUAGAGAAAAAAGAGAAGAAACAACAGUGUAGUUAGACCUUUGAUAUAGUCUGUUAUUUUCAAAUACCGAUUGUUUCUGCUCAUCUAGCUGUCAUCUCAGUCCUUACGGAAAGUGGUCAGGAAGUGCUUCAAAAAAUGAAGCUAUCUGAAGCUACGUAGACCAAUGUUCGAGCGUUUCCUACAGCAUAUAUUCUUAAAAUUUGUGAAGCAGAACCAAAGCUGUUCACAUGAUAAUGAUCAGAAAUCUUAAAAACUAUCUAGCCAUUUGGUGUUGUGAUGCCUACAUUUUGGAUUUAUAAUAUUCAAAAUAAGAUAUGCUUGAUAGACGUAUCUUAAAUAUCAUCAUUUUAGGGAAAUGCAUUUUAAGCAUGAUGGUGUCUGAAUACGUAUAGACUAAAAUAUCAAUUUUCAGAGAUUUCACAUUUAUGUUUAUUCACUACAUAAAAACUAUAUUCCGUGCGUAAUUCAAGGUAUACUGCUUUAUACCAUAUAAGAUUCCAACAAGCAUAUUUGAUCUUUAAAUAUUGACUUAGAGAGAGUUCAACACUGGAACACGAGAAUUAGAUAAUAACCUAAGAAAAGGCAUUUUUGCAUAAUGCUAAAUGACAAUUCUCUGUACAGUAACUGACCAGAACUGAAUACGAAUUUAAUUGAGGUGAUAACGUUGAUGAACUAUAUCCAAUUUCUUAGUUCUCAGGAUCUUCUCGUACCAAAAGUAACUUCUGAUGAAAAUCUUGAUGUCAGCUAUUUAUACUGUAUAAAAUAAUUAAUAUGAAUAUUGUUAAUACACAUCACUUCUCGCUCAUGUAAGAUAUUCAGUUUUUUUCAUAAUUUCAAUAGAUGCAUCAUUUGAAUAGUAGAUAUUGUGUCAGAGAUGUUUUUUUCUGAAUUUUGUAUUCAGAAAAUUUUGAAUUUUAAAGAAAAGCGAGUUUUUGACAUGCAUGAGGAACGAAAGCUUGCUUUGUUUGCAUAUGAAGCAAAUACGAUGAAAACUGCAUAACAAAUUUCUUUGAAAAACCAAAUAUUUUUUCCACUUGACUUAUAAUACCUAUAUGAAAUUUGAAUCCAAUUAAAACUAAAAAUAAGAGGUAUGAAACAUAUUAAUUUGCCUUCACUAGAAAUCGUUCACUAGAUUUUACAUUUUACACUCGGAAGCACUUUAGAAAAACAUAAGCAUACUUGGGGCUGAGUUUGUGAAGUUUUCGUUUUUACUUAAUAGGGUUUUAAUAUAAAAACUCCAAUUGUUUGAAUUCCUAUGAAUAAAUAUCUAUAUAGAUCUUCCAGAAAGCAUUUUUCACUUACCAAUAAUGCAUUUUAAACUCAUAUAUGUGAUUUUAAUCAAAACUGAAUGCAGACAUUCUGAGAAAAAAUUCAGGGUAUUUAUACUUGCAAAAUUCAUGAUUAAUACUAGAGUGAAUGAUUGACCCUAGACGUAGGUGAUUGAUACUAGACCAACAAAAGGCGAAAGAUUUAUUCAUAAAAAAGUAUAAUUGUUCUUCCAUCAAAAAAGAGUAAGUUGUAAUUGUGAAUAAUUGGAAGAAGUGUGUAAUUUUCUUACAGAUGAAAGUGUUUUCUACGCACUAGUGUUGUAUAAUGUGAAGGUCAUUUAAUAUUAUUAAUGUAACAAAAAUGUUUCAGUAUAAUACACAUAAUAUUUAUGUUUAUUCAGCGAAACAAGUGUAAUUCAUCUUUUAAGUAAUUUUUCUAAUAAAAUUAUGUAAAA